AUGUCUUCGCAGCUCGCAAACGAGGCGCCCUUCGAGGAGAGCGUCCUGGCCUUCUUUUACAGGCAGUGGCUGGUGCGACGUAAGCCCGUACCAGCCGGGACAGACCUGUCAUCUCAAGUAGCCAUCGUCACCGGCUCCAACAGCGGACUUGGUCUUGAGGCAGGACGGCAGUUAUUACAACUUGGCUUAUCUCAUUUAAUCCUCGCGGUCAGGUCGCAGUCCCGGGGAGACAAGGCAGCCGAGGGUCUGAGAAAGGAGUUCCCUAAUGCCGAUGUGUCCGUCUGGCUCCUCGACAUGAGCUCAUAUGAUUCCAUCACCACUUUCGUUGAACGGUGCAAGUCGCUCCCUAAGAUCAACAUGGUAAUAUUGAAUGCUGGACUCAAAGGUGCCGCCGUCUUCACAACAGUAGAGAGCACUGGCCACGAGUAUAGCUUCCAAGUCAACUACAUCUCGACGGCACUCCUCACGAUACUUCUGCUACCUGUUCUCAAGUCGAAGCGCGUCGCGGAAUCGAAACAGCCAACCCUCACUGUCGUCACAUCAGACUCAGCAUUCUGGACCUCCAUCGAAACGCCGGGGCCGAUACUAGCACAACUAGACAAGGCCGAAGACUACACGGCGAUGUCGUGGUAUCAGAAAGCGAAGCUACUCCAAUACUUCUUCAUCUCGAAGCUUGCCGCGGAGGUUAACAGUGACGACGUCAUCGUCAAUUUGGCCAAUCCGGGCCUAUGCCGAGGCACAGCAUUCGAGAACGCAGGCGACUGGUCAGUGAUUACAACGUUGAUGUUUGAUACUUUUAAAAGGAUGAAUGGGAGGAGUGUGGCCACGGGUGCAAGCACGUAUGUUGAUGCGGCGGUGGUCAAGGGUGUAGAAAGUCACGGGAGCUAUGUCAGCGAAUGGGCAAUUCGGCCUUAUCCUAAGAUCCUGUACACGGAUGUCGGUGCUCAGAUACGAGAAAGGUUGUGGGAAGAGACGAUGGAGGAUCUCAGCUUUGCUGGUGUAUCCAAGGUCAUUGAGCAGCUGAAGAGAUAACGUUCGAGUUCAAUUCCUCAAGGCGAGUCCAUCGAGCAAUACACACAUGGAUUCGAAAUGAGGUACUUAAAUAUUAGCUGUCUUCAAUCUAGCACCGGAGAUUUCAAUAAGUUGGAUGAUCCAUUUGCUUGGGUUGCAGAUUGAAUCUCGAGAUACCUAGAUGUUCUCAAUAUUCCCAAAAGAUGAAUGAAUGCAAAAUUAUUAUUAAUAGCAGCACCCCUAUUGCAAGGAGGGUCAUCCAUUCAUUAACCAGUUUAGGGCAAGCCUUAGUGGCGCUGACACCACUCACGUUCCCUGUUCUUCUGUUUCUACUGGCUCGCCCCCAGUGCGGCUCGACCGUUCCUCUGUAGCACCGACUGAUUUCCUGUAGCACCACGCAAGGAGAAAAGUGCUUGUUUAGGAAGCUCGAGGUCGCCGCGUUCUUGUGCACCUACCUCUUUCAAGAUUCUAGGCUCUAGCGAGGCGAAUCCUCGCCGUUGACAAU